UUGUGGACCCCAUAUAGUUACCGAGAUGGCAAAGUAUUUACUCUAUCGAGUUCCGGCGGGCCGCGUCCGGGUCCCUCUGGGUUGAACUCGUGCGUUAUGACCAAGAGCCCCAGGUUUCCUUGCGUCGAGAAACCAUUUACCACGCACACACUGAACCUCCUGCACAUGCCGGCCAACUGUAGAAAUCAACUGGAGGAUGGAAUCGAGCCUUUUGAUGAAGCGGUGAAUGAGGUAGAUUCAAGAACGAAUUGGGUGCAGAGACAAUUUUCCCGACUCACUCGAAACCUUCGCUAUCGGAUCAGCGGCGAAGGACGCACCAAGCCACCGGACUGGUUCUUGGAUAAGUUCGCCGCGCAGACCUUCACAGAUCCCGAAGAACCGCUUUAUCAGGCGAAAAGAUCGAAGCUCUUUUGUGGACUAAGGCUCGCUUUCGAUCCUACGUUACCAGCUCACUAUCAUUGGUUGGCGGUGGUGUCUCUAGCAAUCCUGUACAAUAUGGUGUUUGUAAUCGGCCGGGCGGUGUUCUGGGAGCUGGAUAACCUUACCGUGCUUUGGUUUGUGCUCGACUACCUCUGCGAUAUAAUUUACCUCAUAGACACUGUCAUACAUGUUCACGAAGGCUAUCUGGAACAAGGACUUAUGGUAAAGGAUUCAAAAAUGCUAAGGCGACAUUAUUUAAAAUCAGAUUCAUGGAGAUACGAUCUGAUUUCACUGCUGCCAACGGACGUCGCUUAUUAUUGGUGGAAACCGGGUUCUUGCGACUACAAACGUUUGCCGUGCCCUGUUAUUGUACGACUCAAUAGACUAUUUCGCCUGCCUCGAAUGUGGGAGUGGUUCGAUCGCACCGAGACCGCCACUAGUUAUCCGAAUGCUUUCCGAAUAUGCAAGGUCGUGAUGGCAAUUCUCGUUCUUAUACAUUGGAACGCUUGUCUUUAUUUCGCAAUUAGUUACGCCAUUGGAUUCGGCACGGAUAAUUGGGUUUAUAAUUUGACCGGUUCUCGAAAUGAGUCUCUUGCUCAUCAGUACAUAUACAGUUUUUAUUGGUCCACUUUAACUCUAACCACUAUUGGCGAAACACCCCAACCAGAAAUAGACGCCGAAUAUCUCUUUGUCGUUGCGGACUUCUUGGCAGGUGUAUUAAUUUUCGCGACUAUAGUUGGAAAUAUCGGAUCAAUGAUUUCUAAUAUGAAUGUUGCUAGAGUGGAAUUCCAAAAUAAAAUGGACGGUGUUAAACAAUAUAUGGCAUUCCGUAAAGUAAGUGGUGAGCUCGAAGCAAGAGUUAUUAGAUGGUUUGCAUAUACUUGGGCUCAAAGCGGGGCAUUAGACGAAGAAAACGUCUUGUCAUCAUUACCUGAUAAAUUAAAAGCAGAAAUAGCUAUUCGAGUUCAUUUAGACACGUUGCGAAAAGUAAGAAUAUUUCAAGAUUGCGAACCUGGACUUUUAGAAGCUUUGGUAUUAAAACUAAGACUUCAAGUGUUCAGUCCAGGUGAUUAUAUCUGCAGAAAAGGAGAUGUUGGUAAAGAAAUGUAUAUAGUCAAAAGAGGAAGACUUCAAGUAGUGGCUGACGAUGGAAAAACUGUCCUAGCCACAUUAAGCGCUGGAUCUGUAUUUGGAGAAGUGAGCGUUUUGGAGAUUGCAGGAAACCGUACCGGGAAUCGUAGAACGGCAAAUGUUCGUGCACUUGGCUAUUCAGAUUUGUUUUGCUUAGCAAAAAGAGACUUAUGGGAAGCUCUUGCAGAUUACCCUGAUGCAAGAGCUACGCUUACUGAACGUGGUUGUCAGUUACUAAGAAAGGAUGGUCUACUCGAUGAAACUGUAUUUGAAAAUGCCCAAACCACUCAACAGAGUUUGGAGGAAACUGUACACAAAUUAGAAACGACCAUUGAAAUGCUUAAUAAUCGCUUACAAGGGCUUCUUACCGAUGUAGGUGAGGAGCAAGCUAAAAUAAAACAGAGGAUUAACAAAUUAGAAGUUAGAUUAAUUGAAACAGACGAUGAAGAAACAGAUUCAGACGACACAUCUGCUGAUGGAACUGAACUAAGGAGUGAAGUGGUUCAGGUUUACGAUUCCUGCUCUGGACCGCCAAUUAGUUCACGUCGCGGUUCUGCAAUGAUAUAUAUGAACCCUCCCGUCCGUGACAGAGGGUAUUCUCUUAGCGUAGAGAGAACACCUGGUCUAAUACAUUUUCCACCCGAACCUCGAAGAAUUCAUCUUGGUUUCAUGGUUCCUGGUUAA